AUGUGGACUCAGGUCUUGUCCCUCCCGCACGACGCAAAGUUUCAAAACCUGGGACACGGCAGUAAUUCGAGAGACGACAUCUACGAUUUCCUGCUGACCUCGUGCUCAGAGUUUUUUGACAAAUCUGCCAAAACCGCCCCGCCCCAACUGCCGUUUGAGGUCGCAUCGGAGUCGGAUGAUGAUUCUCGGUCAUCAGAGUCGGUAGAGUCCAUUGAGGACAGCGACGGGGAGGCUAGUGGCAGGGAAGAUGAGACAUCGGCGAGCGAUGCAACUGCUAAGGAAGAUGCGAGUGUCGAUGAGGAGGCAGCUAAGGAUGGAGGGGCGGAUGCUAAAUCGGAAGAAGUGGGGCAGUGCGAAGUGAAUCGUGUCGAUGAAGCCCGCGACACUGAAAUGCUGGCAGAUGUUUCGCAAAAAGAGGUGGGCCGGGAAGAAGAUACGGGUGUAGCUGGACAAGAUGACAGCCCGCGCGUGCGCGGUGAUCGGGCCAAGGAUGGGCACCAAACCCCAGAACGUGUUGUCGAUCAUCCACUUCAUCGGGUAGAGUGCGGGGCUGGAAAGACAGCUACAGCACAGGGUGUAGUUAACCCUCGUGCCGCGCCCACUCUAGACGGGGAAGGAGGACGUGGGCACCAGCAGUCGGCCGAAACGGCAGCGCAUAGGGGAGGGGAGCGUGGCGGCGGAACGAGCAAGGCAGACUCAAAACCGGUGCAGCUAGGCAAGGAGCCAGGGCGGAAACCAGGGGGGAGUGCUCACAACAUGGCCCUGCAUGACGAUAGGGGGAAGCGGGCAGACGGCGCCUCCUGCAACGGGGCGGAGCACACGGUCGGCCAGAUGGCGAGAGAAGAGUCUGUCCCCAUCCCGGAGCGGGUUAGUGAACGGAAGUCAGCCUAUACGGAAGCUACAUCGGCGCGUAUAGUGACAGCAGUGACGUCUACGCGGGUCGAUGGAGGCCCCAUGGGUGACCCCGGGACAGCUUCGGGACUUCCAGAGGCAAAUGAGACAAGGCGCGCCUGUCCUAAGGGGCUAGAGAACCAAGGCGUGAAGGGGGGAGUAGAGCAUAGUGCAGGAGGGGUGCACGUGACUGCAGAACACGUGGUCCACUCUGCCGGAGGUGGCAAGGAUAUGCAUAGGCGUCAAGCGCCAGGGAAUCAUGACUGGGAUGUGGGGAGCAGGCGGAGUGAAGGACAUAAGCGGACCGCUGAUGACAAGUCCCACAGCAUGCCCGAGAGUGCACGCAACGUGCAGGGUGGGAAGGGCGCGAGUAGGGGCAAAAUGGAGCACGUACGCCCACCAUACCAGGAGCAGCACCGAAUUCUCGUGACCACCAGGUCUGUCGUCAGACGGGAGACAUUUCAGAUUAGGAGGGUGUUAGAGCAAAGCAUCAAGGCAGCAUUGGAAUCUGCUAUUUCUGGCCUACACACAGCUGCGGAGGGAAUAACCGCCAACAUAGCUCGAACAGUAGAGGAGAGGGUGGAGGCGGUGCUGGCUCGCGCUGGUUUCCAAAAGGGCCCCCAACAGCAUUCGACCGAGGCUGGGAAGGUAACAGCGCAGCAUAACGGUGGUGACGCAGGGGCAGAUCUUGGGGCACAGCUGACGGCGGAGACUGGCGAUGUGGGGGUAUUUAGUGGGGCGACUACAGAGGUGAAGCGAGGAGCCCCAAACACCGCCGACUCUAAGAUUGCGAUGGACACGAGUAAUGCAAACCCAGCUGGUAAGAGGAGGCCGCGAAGGCAUAAGCGCGGUGAGCAUAAGGGGAUGUUAAGAGCUCAGUGCGAGAGGCGCGCGGAACAGCCGGAGCACGACUCGAACCGGUGUAACAAGCGGAAGGUGAGCGAGGUGGCAGAACAGGUCGGCCAUACAGCAGGAGGGGGUGGGGAAGAACGGGUGCAAGACGAAGCCAAAGAUAAGCGUGCAGAGAGGUUGGCGGUGCUAAAGAAGUACGACGAGGAGAGGAAGCGGUUAGAAGCGGAGGAGGAGCGUGAACGCAAGGAAUACGAACGGCAAAAGCUUGAACGGGAGGCCGCGCGUAAAGCAUGCGACGAGCAGCUGGCGAGCCUACAGGCGCCUGCGGAGGCCGGUAUAGUUGAGGGUGAGUGUGCGGCUGGAGGACGCGCUGUUUUAUCGGCGCCGCACGAGGCAACUUGUGCUGGAGUGGUCGAAGGUGGGGUCGAUGAUGAAGCGGCGACCGGAGCGAGUGGAAAGAGGAGACGGGUAGACGAGGCCGGACCCCAUGCUGGCGUGGUGGGUGAUGCAAGGGAGCGGUUGGGCAUAGAGGUACGUUCGUCUCAAGGGCUGGCUGAUGGGCCUCGACCGGACCAUCCUUCCAGGCAUGAAGACAUUGCAGUCACCGAAUUAGAGAAAACUGGGGUGAAACUGAAAACGCCAGAAGACCAAAAUCAGUCAGCGGCGGAUAUUCUAGGGAAGAGGAGCGGUUUGCGGCUGCCGUUUAGGGCGACUGGAUACUCCAAACGAAUGAGCGGAGGGGUGCUUAAGUGGACUUCAGAGCAGACGGUGGGGGGGAAGAAGAGGUCUCUGGGGCAGCACAACCAUGUAUGGGAGAGGAACCUAACCGUCGCCAUCUGUUGGAAGGUAUACUUCCCGGACGUCGACCUAGUGGCAUACGGGAUGAAUCCGCUCCGGUUCGAGCUGUGGGACGAGGACUUGCUGUUCACCAUCAACAUGCCAACAGGGGUGUGGAGUGUCAUCAACGAGUUACACCUCGACAAGCCUGCAUGUUUCCAGGUCGUCCGGGAAGAGACCAACGAGCGUAUAAAGGAAGGGGACACCUACAAGAUUGCACUAUGCGCAGGGGUCUCCCGAGCUGCUCUACUAAAGGACCUGGGCGGAGUUGCAGGUGAAGAGGGGCACUCUGUGCUGGAGCAUGCGGUUGGGCUGUCAGCCACCAUGUCGGUUAUGUGGGAUGUCUCGACCAGAGCCGCAGAGACGCAGUGGAUGACGGAUGCACUUACGGCAGGUCUUGCAACUCAUUCAGACCGUAAGAUGGCCGCAAGGGCAGCUGGUGUGGCAUGUGCCUCGGUAGAGGCGAUAAGGGCUGUCAACGGGAGAGUGUUAGACAAGGAAAGUUGGGUCCCAGUCCUUGCAGGCGCCCUCCUAGAAAAGCAACCUCCCGCCAACCGAGACGCUGCGACGAGGAGAAUGACUAGGGUAGUGGCUAGAGCGAUCACAUAUUGGUGUCACUGCUGCUUGGCAUCCAGAGGCCUCCAGGAACAGCACGGUGUAGGGAUCGGAAUCGUCAUGGCGAAACGUGGAGCGCGGGAAACGGCUGGUGCAGCUGGCGAUGAGAACGCGUGA